AUGCAUCCCUUGGAAGAUUUCGAGAUAUUGGCAACAGAAGCCUUUGAUUGGCAUAUAGAAGACUGGCGAGCGCUUGAGAAGCGAGCCCUGAGUCCAAUCUUUGAAUGUGGCGGCUACCAAUGGCGCAUCCUGCUCUUUCCCUCUGGCAACACGAUUCCAGACUGCUGCGCAGGCUACUUGGAGUGCAUGGAUGGCUCAUCUCCUGUAGAAGGACAAGAGUCCCCAGACUGGGCCUGCUGUGCGCAAUUCAGCAUCGUCCUCUGGAACAGAAACGAUCCGACUAUUCAUCAGGCACACGUCGCAUCACAUCGAUUCACACCGGAAGAAGCAGACUGGGGAUUCUCUAGACUGUAUGAUCUCCGCAAACUUGCGUAUCCGCACGAUGAUCGUGAUCGGCCGAUUGUCGAAGGCGGCGAAACUAUGAUUUCGGCCUAUGUCAAGAUUGUCAAAGACCCAACAGGUGUCCUCUGGCACAACUUCAAUAAUUACGACUCGAAGAAAGCAACGGGUCACGUUGGUCUCAAGAAUCAAGGCGCGACCUGCUACAUGAACUCCCUCCUGCAGUCGUUGUAUUUCACAAACUACUUUCGCAAAGCAGUCUACCAAAUUCCAACAGAGAAUGACGAUCCAAAGAAUAGUAUUGCUCUUGCUUUGCAGCGCAUAUUCUACCAAAUGGAAAAGUCCAAUGAAGCUGCAUCCACAUCUGAACUCACACAGUCCUUUGGAUGGAGUUCCUUGGACGCUUUCAUGCAGCACGACGUGCAAGAAUUCAACCGCGUCCUGCAAGACAAUCUCGAAGGCAAGAUGAAGAAGACUGCCGCUGAAAAUGCACUGAGUCGUUUGUUUGUUGGCAAGAUGAAGAGUUACAUCAAGUGUGUCAAUGUCGACUACGAAUCCGCGCGAGAAGAGGAGUUCUGGGAUAUUCAGCUCAACGUCAAGGGUAUGAAGAAUCUCAAAGAAUCCUUUGCGGAUUACGUUCAAGUAGAGACGCUGGAUGGCGACAACAAGUACUUUGCUGAAGGCUUUGGCUUGCAAGAUGCAAAGAAGGGUGUCAUCUUUCAGGACUUCCCACCAGUCCUUCACCUGCAACUCAAACGCUUCGAGUACGACAUGGAGCGCGAUGCCAUGGUGAAAAUCAACGACCGCCAUGAAUUCCCCCUCGACAUUGAUCUUACGGAAUUUCUCGAUGAGACGGCCGAUACACAGGCCGACUGGAAUUACAAGCUCCAUGGCGUUCUUGUUCAUUCUGGAGAUUUGCACGGUGGACACUACUAUGCUUUGCUCAAGCCUGAAAAGGACGGGAAAUGGUAUCGCUUUGACGAUGACCGCGUCACACCUUGCACGCUCAAGGAAGUACUUGAUGAAAACUUUGGCGGUGUCGUGGCACCUUCUGUGCGUAUGCCCAAUCGACCACUUCAAGGAAAACGUUUCAUGAACGCCUACAUGCUGGUGUACAUUCGCGAAAGCAAGCUUGAUGAGAUUCUAGGCCCAGUGGGGGAAUCUGACAUCCCUGCACAUGUCUCUGCGCGGAUUGAAGAGGAAAUUGUAGAGGAAGCCCGACGACGCAAGGAGCGCGAAGAGAUGCAUCUCUACCUCUGGAUCAAGACCGUGACCUUGGAAAAUUUCAAAAAGCACGAUGGCUUCGAUAUGGUCGACAUGACGGAUGCCGACCUGGAUCAAGCGAAAGUGUACAAGACCCUCACGUAUGGUGAGUACAAAGCACAAGUCGCAAAAGCACACAACGUUGCCGUGGAGCAAGUCAGACAUUGGGUCAUGGUCAACAGACAAAACAAAACCAUUCGCCCAGAUACAGUGUUGGGUCCUUCCUUCAAUGACAAGCCGCUCAUUGAGGUGCGCGAUGAAAUGUCUAUUCGUCGGCAAGAGAUGCUGCUGUACUUGGAAAUCAUUAAUGUUAACCAGGUUGGCAAAGACUUGGCGGAUGGCACUCCCGAGAAUGCAUCAUUUAUGCUGUUUGUCAAAUAUUUCGAUGUUGAUACACAGACACUUUCUGGUUUGACUACCUUGCACCUCAGCAAGAAUGACAAGAUUGAAGUAGCACUCGAAAAGCUUGCCCCGCUCAUCAACAAGGAACCUAGCAGUUUGCGACUCUUUGAAGAAAUCAAGCCAGGCAUGAUUGAACCACUUCGUCCGAAAGUAUCUUUUGCACAAGCAGAGAUUGUGGAUGGCGAUAUUGUCACUGUCCAGCGCGUUGUGGAGGAGACAGACCGCUUGGCAUUACACAAGGCCGGCAACUUCAGCCAUGCAACAGAGUACUAUGACUUUUGCCACAACAAACUAUCAGUGACACUGAUUCCGCGAUCUGCUGAACAGCAAGUCACGGAGAAGUUUGAGUUGACCAUGAGCAAAAAGUCAACCUAUGAGCAGGUAGUCUCCAAGAUUGGCGAACAUCUCAAGGUGGACCCAACACAUAUUCGCUUGUCGGCUGUCGGCGUUGGCAAUCAGCCUCGGCAACACUUCAGGGCGCCGAGCAGCAUGACGCUCAACAACAUGCUGCAGCCUGGCUACCUCCAAGCCCCAGUCAUGGCAAUCGCGUAUGAAGUGCUUGAAACAAGUUUGAAGGAGCUAGACAGCAAGAAGCUCCUCAAAAUCACAUUCCUGCCUGAAGGCCUACUCAAAGAAGUCCCGGUUGAGAUUCUGGUGCCAAAAACGAGUAAUGUCGAGGACGCCGUGAAUCUGUUGGCUGCAAAGCUGCAGCUUCCAUCAGAGCAGGCACAAGCUUUGCGACUGUAUGAAGCGCACACCAACAAGUAUCAUAAGCACAGCGACCCAGCAGCGAGCGUCCUUGGCUUGCAAGACUACAUGACUCUCUAUGCGGAAGUUCUGACAGAGGACGACGCCAAGCAGAAUGAUACUGACAAACAAGUCAGUGUCAUGCACUUCCAAAAGGAACCAUCACGCUUGCACGGCGUACCCUUUGUGUUUUGGCUGCGGAAAGGAGAGACCUGGCGAGAUGCACGUAUCCGGCUGCACCGCAAGACACGAUACAAGGAGGACGACUUCAAGAGAAUCAAGGGCGCCAUCAUCUCGCCGUCUUCGGUCUACUCUAAGCCAACGUAUCUCGAAGACGACGAGCAACUCUGGGAUCUUGUCAAGAUGUCUGACGAUGUCCUGGGUCUGGAUCACUUGGACAAGACCGUCAAGCCGAGUCGCUAUGGAGAGCGAGCGAUCAAGAUUACUGGUUAA